UCCCCUUGUCAACAUCUUUUAACAAUGGCGUCUGAAGAAAGUGAAAUUUCAAAAAAUGUGCAAGACAUCGAAGUUGCAACUACAGAUCUACAGAAUAAAGAAUUAGAAAACAAAGAAAAAUCAGAAGAUUCUGGAGGAUCAUCUAAAGAUAAUAAUAACUGUUCCCAAAAUACAGAUGUAACAACUAAUGAAUCUGACAGUCCAAUCGACACAAGACAGAAAGUAGACUUCAAAGUAAUAUUUAACAAACAAAAAUAUGAUGUAACAUUUCCAGUUGAUGAAACUAUUGCUAAAUUAAAAUCUCAUAUUGAAACACUGACAGGUGUACCAUCAGCAAUGCAGAAAAUUAUGUUCAAAGGGUUAGCUAAAGAUGAGUCAACACUAAAUGAUCUUAAAGUAACCAAUGGUGCAAAAGUAAUGGUAGUAGGAUCAACGUUAAAUGAUGUGUUAUCAGUUAGUAAGCCGUCAGAAAAAGAAAUAAAAGAAGCAACAACGUCGUCAACAAGUUCUAAAGAACCAUUAUCAAAGUUAAAAGAACAUAAGAAAGUAUUAGACAAAUAUGGGAAGCCCGAUGAUGCAUUGCCAGGAGUGAAAAAUAUAAAAGAACCACUUCCACCAACACCCGUAGCUGGAAUGUGCAAUAAAUCUGGAGGAAAAGUUCGACUCACAUUUAAAUUAGAAUUAGACCAAGUAUGGAUUGGUACAAAAGAAAGAACAGAAAAACUUCCAAUGAAUUCCAUAAAAGCUGUCCACAGCGAAGCCAUUGUUGGUCAUGAAGGAUAUCAUAUAUUGGGUAUACAGUUGGGUCCGACAGAAGCCUCAAAUUACUGGAUUUACUGGGUCCCUGCCCAGUAUGUUGAUGCUAUAAAAGACACUAUUCUCGGAAAAUGGCAGUUGUUCUGACACAGUAUUGUGAUAGGAUUGGCAUUACUUUCCAUAUAUCAUGGAUGGCAGUUAAACUGUUAUCCUGUGGUAUUCUAAGAUUGUGAUAAAAACUAUGACGUUCUUUGAAUUUAAUUCAAAAUAAAACGUUUACCAAGCUA